UUCCCUUCGUGCUCCCACUCCUCCCAAGCGUUCCCAACCGUUAUUCUCCCACCGUCCUCAACAAUUCUGCUCAAGAUAUUCCAGCUAUCUCCAGCUCCCCGACGAUCCCAAGCCCUCCUCUUUUUCGUUGCGGAAUAAAGGGCUUCGUUCCGGUCUUUCUUGAAGUGAUGAUCGUCUCGGCUCUGCUGACCUCGGUGGGGAUAAACCUCGGCCUCUGCGUGCUAUUCUUCACCCUUUACUCCAUCCUCCGGAAGCAGCCGGGGAACGUUAAGUUCUACGCCCCGCGCCUCGUCGCCGAGGGCCGGGCCCGCCUGCGGAGCGAAUUCAACGUCGAGAGCCUUCUCCCCUCGCCCGGAUGGGUCCGCAAGGCACUGGAGCCCUCCGAGGAUGACCUCCUCGCUUCUUGCGGCCUCGAUGCCGUUGUCUUCAUGAGAAUCUUUAUAUUCAG